AGUGGGGCCGGGACUCGAGAGGGCGGUGGGCUGAGGGGGGAGGGGCGGCGCCGCGGCCUGUCACCCCCGGCGCGGGAGAGGAGGCGGCAGCGAUGAAGCGAGACGUGCGCAUCCUCCUGGUGGGGGAGGCCCAGGUGGGGAAGACAUCGCUGAUUAUGGCUCUGGUGGGCGAGGAGUUCCCUGAGGAGGUGCCCCCUCGUGCAGAGGAGAUCACAAUCCCUGCCGACGUCACACCUGAGAAAGUCCCCACCCACAUUGUGGACUACUCAGAAUCAGAGCAAACAGAGGAUGAGUUGCAGGAGGAGAUCACCAAGGCCAACGUGGUCUGCGUGGUGUAUGAUGUCACCGUGGAGGCCACAAUUGAGAAGAUUCGGACAAAGUGGAUUCCCUUGGUGAAUGGGGGAGUUGAAAAGGCUUCCAGAAUCCCGAUCAUCCUAGUAGGAAACAAGUCUGACCUACAGUCUGGGAGCUCCAUGGAGAUUAUCCUGCCCAUCAUGAACCAGUUUUCUGAGAUAGAGACCUGCGUGGAGUGUUCGGCCAAGAACUUAAAGAAUAUCUCUGAAUUGUUCUACUAUGCCCAGAAAGCGGUUCUGCACCCAACAGCCCCCUUGUACGAUCCAGAGGAGAAACAGCUGAGACCGACGUGUGCACGAGCACUUACACGGAUUUUCAACAUCUCAGACCAGGAUAACAACCAGAUCCUAAGUGACGAUGAGCUCAACUACUUCCAGAAGUCCUGCUUCGGAAAUCCCCUGGCGCCCCAGGCCCUGGAAGACGUGAAGACGGUUGUGUGGAAGAACACCACGGAUGGGGUGCAGGACAAUGGCCUGACGUUAAACGGCUUCCUCUUCCUCAAUACCCUCUUCAUCCAGAGGGGGCGACACGAGACCACCUGGACCAUCCUGCGCCGCUUUGGCUACGCAGAUGAGCUGGAGCUGACGGACGACUAUCUCUACCCACUGUUCCGCGUGCCCCAGGGCUCUUCCACGGAGCUCAAUCACUUUGGAUACCAGUUUCUGCAACGGAUGUUUGAGAAGCACGACAAGGAUGGAGAUGGAGCCCUCUCACCUGUGGAACUACAAAGCUUCUUCAAUGUCUUCCCCUAUGUGCCCUGGGGACCUGAACUCUACAACACGGUAUGCACCACUGAUAAAGGCCUGCUUUCACUGCAUGGAUUCCUCUGCCAAUGGACGCUGGUAUCCUAUCUGGAUGUCCAUCACUGCCUGGAGUACCUGGGUUACUUGGGCUACCCCAUCUUCUCUGAGCACAACUCUCAGACACAGGCCAUCACAGUUACCCGGGAAAAGAGAAUCGACCUGGAGAAGGGUCAGACCCAGAGGAAUGUCUUCCUUUGUAAAGUAAUUGGCCCCAGGGGCACCGGCAAGUCUGCGUUCCUGCAGGCCUUCCUGGGGCGGAACCUGGCUGCGCAGAAGGAAUCCCCGGGAGAGCUGUCCUUCUAUGCAAUCAACACUGUCCAAGUCAGUGGCCAGGAAAAGUAUUUAAUAUUAUAUGAGAUUGAUGUGGACACGGAGUUCAUGAAGGCAUCGGACGCAGCGUGCGAUGUCGCCUGCUUAAUGUACAACGUGAAUGAUCCCAAAUCUUUCAACUAUUGCGCCUGUAUUUAUAAGCAACACUACAUGGAUGGACAAAUUCCCUGCAUCUUUGUCGCCUCCAAGUCAGACCUGCCAGAAAUGACUCAGCAGCAUGGACUCUCGCCUGCUGAGUUCUGUUACAAGCAUCGCCUGCCGCCACCGUUCUACUUCACCUGCAACAGCCCCGGCCUGCCCAGCACCACCAUCUAUACCAAACUGGCCACGGCGGCCGCCUUCCCUCACCUGAAUGACACCGAGCUGGGAGCUGCUUCCUUCUGGCUCAGAGUAGCCUUGGGAGCCAGUAUCACUGCUGUGGUAGGAUUUGCACUUUACAAAGCGCUGGCAAAGAGCAAAUAAGGAAGAAGAGAACUGACCUUCCCUCAUCCCCGUCCCAAUGCUUACCUAAGCUUCCUUCUACUACUACAACGCACCCAGGUAGACGGUAUCAAACUGGCCCUCCCUGGACCCCUGGGAGGAGGUGCCUUCCUCCCCCAAACUUGAUUUCAGCACCAGCAAAGCAGAUCCACAAACAGGAUCCUCCAGACCUACUGACACCAACCAGCAUGGCCAAGAAUGUUGUUCUCUACACUUCCAACGUACCCAUCACUAGAGGUCUGACUCCAAAUGCCCCAUUGCUCAACGUUACCCUCAGUCCACUCUGCUGUGGGAAUGUCAUGGUCUCCCCUUGCCAUGUCUGGGCAUCUGCAGAGCCUGGAGUCCAGUCUCCCUGGAGCUUUGAGGGGGUCACCUGUGUCUCUUUUAAUAUUGUUUUUAAGACCAGCUCAGACUUGAAACAAACGACACGCCCUGGGAAAGCUGUACAUAUCUCUUGGACCAGGGACGGCAGCGAUCACGCUGGUCCAGUCUUUUAUUCCCAGGGAUAGUAUCAUUUUAUAUCAGUGUGAUUCACGGGGACUUCCUGGAGCCUGCGGGAAUUCUGCAAGCACCAGAGUUGGUGCCGACUUGUGUUUUCUCUCCUCUGAGGUGGAGCUGUGCAGUGGGCUCGGGGCCCUGUCCUUAUAGCACAAGGUCUAUUAGGAAACAGUGGACAAAACUGGGAUUUAGGAAGCCUAGGCUAACUAGAGAAUGUAUUGUCAAAGGUGCUGCGUGGAGGGGGAUUCACCCAUUGUGCUUCUUGCUGUCUAGUAGCCAUCUAAUGUCUCCUGCCAUUUAUUGGCAUAUCCUUCUGUUGACUGCUGGCCAAACCUCCUUACCUUAGAGGCAUUGUGACUCUCCAAGCUGCCGGACUUUAGCAAAGCUACGCUUCUGGAGGCACUGUCGCUUACAAGGUAUUCCAGGGACCCUUCUGCCCUUUCCACCUGUCCAGGGAUGCCAUCAGGUUCAAGUUAAUAUCAGAAGCCCUUACAAUGGUCACCAACAACCCCCUUAGAUUAGUAAAAGGGAGCCUUUGAAAACCUAAUCUACUACUUAACUAUUCCUGCACUUGGAAAUUGCUUCUUUUACGUUCAGUGUCAUAAAAUGACUUUUUAAUAGUAGGCUUUAUCAGAUGUUUUUUUAAAUUUCCAUCUGGGUCUAACCAACCUGUGUCCCUGUAAAAGACCCUGCAUUGUGACCUCACUUCAAAGGCAAUCACUAGAAAAUGAUUUCCAGGUGCUCACCGGCUGCCACCUCAACCAAGCUUCCUAGAAGCUCCUAUUCCAGCCAGUCCCACCAUGCAGAGGUAUGGGAGAUUGCUGCCUGGCAGAUCCUUCACCAGCUUGUCCCAUCCCACCCUUCACAAGGCUGUUUUCCCCUUUCCAACCCCACCCUGCUUGUGUCGCCAGUAUUAAUAGGCAUCCUGGGAGGUGUGUUAACCUGGGCAAAGAUGGCAUGUUUGGCAGGGUGAUACACCAGCUGAUAUAGCAAAGGACUGGUGUUUCUGAAUUCACCAUUAGAAGUGUAGGGUGUCUAUACUACCUGCGCAGUGUCAAACCAAUACUGUAAUGUUACUGUGUCAACUACAGUACCUGAUGGAAUUUGUGCCGUUGGUGCAAAUGCUCGGUGAUCGAGUAUUGUGCAGCUACGUGGCCACUUGUCCGUACUGCAUGACCAUGGGCUCUGCAGCACCACAUGAUACUUUGUAUUUGUAGCUUUCAUUGUUGAGUCUCUUAUAAGUUCCUUGAACUGGAAGUUUUGCUUUCCCUGACGCCCUGGCUUUUUCUGAUCCAAAGUGGUUAACUGGCAGAUGCAGGGGCUAUCAGCCCCUUGCUGCUGCUCCUCUUGUUCAGACACCAGCUCCCAUUUUAUCAGCCCAGCACAAAGUCCCUAUGGGACUCACUGAAGACCGUCCCGGGGUAAGGACUGUCCUCUCCGCCAGCCAAUCCAGGCCCAUCUCUGCUUUCCUCACCUCCCGGCUGCAUAAAGUUUCUGCUCUGUUCAUGCCUGUUGGUGGAGAAAAACAUGAAGUAUUGAUUCAGGAAAUGCUGCUAGCACUUCAGCCUUUUGUGCGCACUCAGGGCAGGCUUCUGUACAGUAUCUUUGUGGGAUGACCUGAUGGAAGAUGUACCUGUUUCCUGUAUGCUUGUCUAUAGUUUAAAAUACUUUCAGGCUGCAGAGUGAAGGCUGGGCUCGAAGCAGAAGCCUGCCUUUAAGUCCGUUUGUGUAGGGGGUCCUCUGGCGACUGAGUACAGCAUCUUCCUCCUUAACUGGCUUGCUGGGGUGGGGACUGGGCUGGCUCCCCAGUCUGGGGGCAAUGCAUUUCAGACUCGUCAGGCUGGGCCUGCUCCAAGGGCCUUCUGAAGGAGCUCAGCACGGCCCCCGUCCUCUCUGAUUCUUGGUGGUGGGUAACGUGUAUGCUUGUCCAAGUGGCUCCUGCUGCGGGACCUGUCUCUCCGAGCUGAGGCAGAGAACAGUGGGGUGGGGUGAUUUUGAACUUGUGGCCUUGGCUUUGCAGUGUGGAGCCUGUGGCUGUGGGCCGAAGUCUCCUCACCAGGGGGUGGAGGAAGAGCACCCACCAGCUGCCAGAAGCUGACAGAGACGCCUGUGCAGGGCGCUGUUGCACAGAUCAGCCGGUCUCCGUGCUUGCAUGGCUCUGAAGCACAGAGCUGACUGUCACGGGUGCCUCCCUCAGGCCAGGGAGCAUUUGCUAAAUCAAGGCAAAGGGCUCCAGAGCAUUUCUGUCUUUAACCGAGCCACGUUCCCCUUUUUCAGUGUUCACACGGGGCACAGCCUUUGCCAAAGGGCCUUCCUGUCCUCCAGGCUGCCCCAUGACAGCCUGGAACAGGUAGAAGCAUUUCAGAAUUCAGCUAGCAAUGCCCAACUGUCUCUGUCCUCGGAGCUUGCCACGGCUGAGAGGACCUGGCUCUUUGUGACUGUCCAUGUUGGGUGCCGUCAGCCCACCAGUGGCCUGGGAUUGAGCUGUGAGUUGAGCUUUCCCUCAGAGUCACUCUCAUGACAGAGCGGCCCUCCUGGUUGAAAUGGAGGGCACAGUUUUGUGGCGUUCUCCCUCCUUGUUCCCUUGCCCACCUCUCAUUGCUCGUGGGAAUAAUGUUGGUCCCACCACACAGUGGAAUCUGCACAAUCUUCUGGUUGGAUUAUUUUUUGGGCCUCCAGAAGCUAUGUUUGCUUUGUGGUGGGGGCCAGGUCCACGUCGAGUUUCCCAUUUCACUGGUCAUUCCCCAGUCCUUGCUUGAGUGUGUUAAGUCUGUGAUAGCCAAGACCCAAAUGUGGUGUCUUCUAUAUGAGAAACACUGUAAUGAAGUGCAGAGGCUGAAAGGCCUUCUGCCCUUGACACUGUGUUCCAAUGACAGUCCGGAUCCUAUUAAGCCAUAUGAUUUUAUCAGAAGAAUUCUGUAAAAAAAUAAAUUUUUAUGCACCUUCUGGCUGCAAA